CUCGCUCGAUUAGAAGGAAACAACAGCGACGCCUAGGAAACGAAGACCACAAGGUACAAAGCCACAGCUCGGGAGGGAGCGGGCGAUCGGUGGAGUCCAAGAAGAACCACCCCAAUCCCCAAGCUCGAACCGGAAGGAGACCCUCAUUCCCCUUGUCCCCUCCAUCGAACCCUCCGCCUGGGAGCCUGGGAGGGAGCAGGACUAAUCGGGAUCCCCUGUCGCGCCGCGCGGCCGGACACGGGCGGCGGCGGUUGGCUGCACCCGGGGGCAGCCGGAGCCCGGAGGCAAGGAGGACAAGAGAAGCCGCGGAAGAAGAACCGAUUCUCCUCGCCGGCGCGCCUCGUCGUCAGUGCUUUUUGCGAAGAUGACAUUUUAGACCACUACAAAGCUUUCCCUGUGGUGUGAGAAGACCUCUCUGCCAAGAUCCGACUCAGAUAGGGAUAUGCCAAGAUCCGACUCAGACAGGGAUGAUACAUUCUUUGAUGCAUUUGAUGAUAUUGAAUCAGCAAGGGAGCCUUCAUCAUCAGAUGAUUGCAGCACGAGUGGUGAAGGAUUGGCACCAAGGAAGUUUGAGUAUGAGAUUUGGGCGAGUGAGCCAAUGAGUGUUCAAGAAAGGCGGCAAAGAUUCUUGAAGGGGAUGGGGUUUGACGACUUUGCUGCUGCUAAAGGGGAUCCUUCUCAAGGCCAGGACGAAAUAGCAAUCAAGGACUCUGAUGCUGACUUGGAGGAAAGAACUAUCAGUGGCAUCUCGUCUUUGAAUUCAUCUAGUCUGGACAAUGAAUCAUCAUUUGAUGCUGCCUGUUGCAUUAGGGAUCUGGACAGCGGAAAGAGAUAUGUAGUUCACAAUGGCGGUCAUGACGGACUAACUAGCUUGCUGAAGGAGGUUGCAACAGACAAGGUGCUGUCUUUUCUGGAGUUUGAAAGCUUAGUUGGGGUUUCUCGAUCUGUUCAGAAGUUAUUUCGAAAGGCUUAUUGCAACAGUCCUGCAGCAGAGACAAAAAGGGCUGUUGGUAUUAAGAAAAAUGAUAUCAAGAGUUUGUGCAAAAGCUUCAUGAAAAAGAGGAGCUUUGGUGGAAUAUGCAAGUCUAAUGUCCAUGUAAAGAACAGCACAACAAGUAUACCAUCCAGAACAAGAGUUCAGCACCAGAAGAAGAAAAAUGCAGAAUUUUCUGCUGUCUAUAUGGGUCAAGAAAUCCGAGCUCACAAAGGUUUAAUCAAAGUGAUGAAGUUCAGUCCAUCUGGCUGGUAUUUAGCAAGUGGUGGUGAAGACUGUGUUGUAAGAAUAUGGCAGAUUACAGAAGUGGAAGCAUACUCUAAAAUAUAUGGUAAAGAGAACCAUCGUCAUGAAUAUGUAGAGAAAAUUAAUAUCCUUAAGCCGAAGCUAGCAGAGGGGCAGAGUCGGGCCCUUGCAGUAAUGCCAAAUAAGGGUUUCCACAUCUCAGAGACCCCUUUACAUGAAUUCCAUGGCCAUACAAGUGAUGUCCUAGAUAUGACAUGGUCAAAAUCAGAUUAUCUCUUGACCUCAUCAAAAGAUACGACAGUCCGCUUGUGGAAAGCGGGCUCUGAUGGUUGUCUUGCAGUAUUCAAACACAAAGACUACGUGACGUGUGUUCAAUUCAACCCCACUGACGAAAGAUACUUCAUCAGUGGUUCAAUAGAUGGUAAAGUCCGCAUCUGGGAUGUUUUAGACCGGCGAGUAGUCAACUGGGCUGAUACAAGAAAUAUCAUAAGUGCUGUUAGUUACCAAUCAGAUGGAAAGGGUUUUGUUGUUGGCACGACCACAGGAGUAUGUCGCUUCUAUGAUCAAUCAGGUGAAGACAUCCAACUAGACAAAGAAUUGUUUAUGCAAGGGAAGAAAUCUGCUGCCAGUCGGAUCAAGAGUGUACAGUUAUGUGCAAGCAACCCCCCUAGGUUUCUAGUUACAUCGACAGAUUCUAAGAUUCGAGUUGCUGAUGGUGUUGAUAUCGUCCAAAAGUUUAAAGGGCCUUGGAAGUCGAAGGCUCUGUCAUCACCAUCUCUAACAUCAGAUGGUAGAUAUCUUAUAUCUGCCGGCAUGGAUUCCAAUGUCUACAUAUGGAACUUUGACAAUUCAAGCAGAACUUUACAAAAACGCGAAGCUAAAACGGUUCGCUCUUGUGAGAUGUUCUUCUCCAAGGACGUGACAACCGCGGUACCAUGGCCAGGAGUGCAUCAAGACAGGCACGUCAAGCCUUCCUGCUUAACAGAGAAAUCUGUUAGCACACCCAGUUUACGGCGACAGGGGGAAUGCCGUUCCCCAGGGGCGUGGUUCUUCGCCGACGUUAUGAGGGGCUCUGUGACAUGGCCAGAGGAGAAGCUCAUUUCCGCAAAGCCUGUAAAUGGCCCCCGGCUAGCUGAUUGUCUCUCGGCGAUAUCUGCUGCUUGGAACAUGGUGAUAGUGACAGCGAGCCGUGGCGGAGUGAUCCGGUCUUUCCACAACUACGGCUUGCCUGUGAGAUUGUGAAAAAUGCAGUCUUGCUGAGACAUGCCCUCUGACGGAAGCUAAGAGUUGCAAGUUUGGUUGGCUGUUCGCUUCUACUAACGACCUUGAAGUUCUUUCGGAAAGUGUUAUUAGGAGAGUGGUGGAAUAUGAUGGGUUGGUAUAGCUCGAAGUAAGAGGAAAUUUUGUAACAUGUGUUUACUCGAAGAAAGGAGUAGGUCCUGAACUUCUGGAAAGGAGAUUAUCAUUACCAAUGCUUUGUUUAUAAGCUCUCAUUUUUUUAAUGCAUUUCCAUCUGUUGUGGGUAAA